AUGCAAGAUUUCUACAACCAGUCCAACUAUGACAGGAAUGGUGAACCGUUGAGUGAUACCGGUGUCCUUUGGCUUUGGUCUACUACGGUGUCAGUAUGGUGUAUUGGCGGUGCUCUCGGUGCCUUGGUUGGUGGAUACCUUAGUGACGGACUUGGAAGGAAAGGUGCAUUGCUGAUGAUCAAUGUCUUCUCCCUAGUAGCAGCGGUUCUCUUUGGUUUUGCUGAGAUAGCUAACUCGUAUGAAAUGGUCAUUAUUGGCAGGCUUAUUCAUGGCUUUUAUGUUGGAACUGCCAUCACGAUAGUCCCGUUGUACCUAGCUGAAGUAUCUCCAAUCAAUUUAAGAGGAGCUAUUGGAGUCAUCCAUCAGUUGAUGAUUACCAUUGGUAUCUUGAUUGCUCAGUCUCUAGGAUUGUAUGCCUUCACAGCUUCAGACAGCUGGCCCAUCCUUCUUGGAUUGAUCGGUGUAAUGAGUGCAUUCCAGCUGAUCUUACUGCCGUUCUGUCCUGAGAGUCCAAGAUGGCUCCUCCUCAACAAGAAUAGGGUGGAGAAAUGCAGACAAGCCCUGAUGAGACUAAGGGGUUCCGAUGACGUUGAAGAAGAGAUCCGGGAGAUCCGAGAUGAGGGACAGAAAGAGGCCAAUGUUGAAGAGGAGAAGGUUGGAAUCGUUGAUGUGAUCACCCUUAAGGAUUCUGAUUGGAAGAUGCCUUUACUUAUCUGUAUGGUCCUACAAGGAGGACAACAGCUGUCUGGUAUCAAUGCUGUCCUCUUCUAUGCCACAGAAAUCUAUUACCAGACAGGUAUGGGAGAAGAGGAGGUUGCCUACGCAACCAUCGGAACCGGUGCCAUCAAUGUUGUCAUGACGAUUAUAUCAGUAUACAUGGUUGAACGUGCUGGACGUCGUAUAUUGACCGUGAUCCCCUUCGGUCUAAUGGCUAUAUGCUUAGCCUUGUUGACUGUCAGUUUAAAUCUCCAGCCCACCCUUGAUUGGAUGAAAUGGCUCUCUCUUGUCUUCAUCUACGCCUACAUUGUAUCAUUCGCUGUUGGUCCAGGACCCGUACCGUUUGUGAUUGUUCCUGAGCUGUGGACCCAAGGACCCCGCCCGGCUGCCAUGAGUAUCGCUAUCCAGACAAACUGGUGGUGCAACUUCCUUGUCGGUCUUACUUUCCCAUUCAUUCAGGAAACCAUCAAGGCAUAUUCCUUCCUGGUCUUCAUGUUCUUUGUGAUACUAACCACCAUCUUCUCCUACUUCUACGUUCCUGAGACGAAGAACAGGACGUUCGAUGACAUCAUAAGCGGCUUCAGAAAGGGGAAGUCAAAGAAGGGCGGCGGUGAUUACGAGCUCCAAGACAAUGCCAACAAGGCAUGAUGAUGCUCUUCUAGACCGUAUCAUAUGUAGUGUGAAGUCCAAAACCCUAGGGUACAGCCUAUCUUGUCUAUCUAUACAUACGUCUGUCGUAGUCUGUAGUGGUCACUUGUCUUGUGGUCCAGGGAUGCCACUUUUCAGACUAAAGUCCAGAUUCAGACCUUUUGCAACAUACUUUCGGCCUUAGAAAACAUCUUUUCAUGUAGGAAAAGGGGUUAUUGUACAUGUAGAUGAUUUUCAAUCUUUGUUUGUCAAGCCUCAGUGGUAUUCCUGUGUGAUCGCCUGUAUGUAGUCUCAUCUGUAUGGAGCGGUCACCUGUAUGGAGUGGUCACCGGUAUGCAGCGGUCAUCUGUAUGGAGUGGUCACAUGUAUGCCGCGGUCACCUGUAUGCAGCAGUCACCUGUAUGCAGUGGUCACCUGUAUGCAGCGGUCAGCUGUAUGGAGUGGUCACCGGUAUGCAGCGGUCACCUGUAUGCAGCGGUCACCUGUAUGCAGUGGUCAUCUGUAUGGAGUGGUCACCUGUAUGGAGCGGUCGCCUGUAUAGAGUGGUCACCUGUAUGGAUUGGUCCUCUGUAUGCAGUGGUCACUUUAGGUGUUUCCUCCCUGAGAGCUUGCAUGCAAGGGGGAAGCUGAAAUUACUCAGUCAUCGCUUUUCCUGGUGGUCCCCAUUCAUUCUCUUACAUUGGUGGCUAAGUCAAUAAAAAAGUUACAUGUUUGUGCAUCGGAAAGAGUGUAUCUUGAAAUAAAUGUUUGAUUAGUAAUACCUGAAUAGUGUUUACUUUGCAUAAAAACUUGAUAUUCUUGGUUCUGUGAUGACAAAAACAAUAAAAAUGAUAUGAAAUAUCUGUGGAAAGACAUUUAUGAAAAUGUCGCCAAUUUCAGAAAUAUUUUCAAAAGGUGGGUUGAUAUGUCAUAUCAGAUUUACUUGUUGACAUUGAAUCGAUCAAAUGUUGCCUUAACCACAUGCAUUGGUAAGGCUUCAAAAGCAUAUUACAUAAAAAAAAAGAUAAAAGAAUAGAUUCAUUGUUACCUCCCAAUACUUGCACGGUUUGGAGUAGGCCCUUUUAAAUCAGUCUUUGACAUAACAUAAUAUAGAGAGUGUAUAGAGGGAUGCCACACUACAUAUAAACCUACGGCUGAAUUCUAGUUGUAGAAAAGAAUGUAUAUAUAUACAUAUAGACAUAUAUAUGUAUGUAUGUAUGUUUAUGUAUAUACAUACCUGUAUCCAUGUUUAUCGGGUGAGAAAAAUGAUGAUGUCUAAGAGAAUUGCUUUGAUAACUCCCCUUUGUUUCUUACCCGUCGGUCAUAUGCUGAGAGGCAUAAAGGCACUAAUUAAUUUUCUUUUCAAUAAAAAAUUAUGCCCUUAUGUCAUUCAGCAGAUGUCCAUGUAUAAAGCUGGAGCAAGAAGGAUGUUGUGUCAUAUUGACUUUCUUCCUCUUAAUAUGAUAUGUACAAAAAAUCUUGUAGAAUUUGAUUGGCUUGUCAUUACCAUUGUCAACCUAAACUUCAAUAAACUAGUUAGAAUUAUGAGAAAAAACAUUUAAAAAGAAAAUAAGCUAUAAAAAAAAAAAAAAAAAAAAAAAUCUGAAAACAGAUUGGGUAUAUAGGGAGCAAUACAUGUGAUGUGUAUUUUGAGGACUUUCAUGAGUUGACUUUAAAAUUGUUUCUUGUUUGUUCAUUGUGUAGCAGAUAUUUGGACAGUUUGAGGAGGUGUAUUUGAUGUUAAUGGAUCACUUGUAAACCGGACUAGAAAUGAAAUAUAUUGUUCUGAAAUGAAAAUCUAUUCUUCUUUUAUGAAUCUUUGAAACUAUUGACCUAUAUGAUGUAGUUUUCUGGUGAUAUUCUGCCUGGACAAAAUUAGCAUUUGACUUUGUUCAUUUGGUCUGAUAUCAUUUUGACUAUUCUCAGAUAAUCUGGUACUGCUUGCCUAGUCUCAACUCAUAGACCUAUUGGGAAAUCUACACCAACGAAACCUACUCCAGAUCGAUCUAUGCUCUUACGUUAUUUUGGAUUGGUUAGGAGUCUGUUUCAUUCGUUGGCAUGACUGUAAUCCUAAUACAUUCUUGAGGAAAUGUUAUGAAACGAAAUCAGGGUUCUGUAACCCAAAGUUUAGCGAUUGAUCGUAUGCUUGAUUUGUAUGACUGAUUGUGCAUUGUAGUCAAUGCAAUCAGUGGUAAAGAUAUUCUUAUACGAUGAUUGCUUAGCUUUUUGUUACUUGCCCCCAGUAGGUGUUUCAUAAAGAUGUUCAUAAAUUACAAAUGACUUAAUGUAAGACUGGUGACACUAUCUUUUGCUCAAUGAUCUGUUGUGGAUGUGUCCCUAACCGACUUACCUCCCAAGAACACGUUCCAGUCGUUUGUAAAGUUGUGCGAAACGUUACGAACAGCUUUAUGAAACGUUCACUUUAUUAGCACAAUUUGGAUGAGACCAAACAGGCAUUUUGACAAAGUGGUAUCAGACUAAAUAAAGUGAAAAUUUACAAGACUCGGUCAGUAUUAAUCACAGGCAGCAUCUGUAAAGUGAGUGUCUCCAAGGGAGCGUUUCAUGAAACGUUCAGUUAGUGAUUUUCUCCGAUCGUCGUUAUAAGCUACUGUAGAUCUUUGCAUCUGAUUGGUGGAGAGAAAAGUAGUCAGUGAAAAUCACUGCUUCUCACUGUUGAUGAGUGAUCGCGAAAGAUAAUAAGUUUUGAUAGUCACACAGGGUACUACUGUUAUAUGUAAAAUAUUUUGAUUCAACAAAUUGUGCAAAUAAUUUCUAUCUUUGUACGUUGUAGUAUAUAUGUAGUCCAUCUGUGUGUCGUAUCAUAUUUUUCUGGGCAUGCGCAUGGAAAUCAAGUGUAUAUAUAUUUGUUGAGAGAAUCAACAAUUUGGAUUGUUUCUUUUUAGUUUUGCAAUGUAGAGUCAAUGCAUGUUCAUAUUUUCUUUUGUUAGUCCCAUGUAUACUAAAUAAUGGGAGGAAAGUAUACGAGUUAGUUAAUCGAAUGCUCCGUAGGGAGAAUAGAUAUGAUGAUUACUCUAUAACAAGGAGUUAGGAAUCGACUUGGAAUAAUGAUAAUGGUGUUUUGUAGAGUGGACACACCGCCCAAACAUGUCAUUGCAUUAGGCCAACAACAGUUCUGUAUAUAUCUUAACAAGCUACAAAUAUAAACAAAAUAUGUCUGAUAACUACAAAACAGGGCUUUAUGAAUGUAUCUUUCCCCCGUUUAAAAAAAUCAGCUUCGAAGUAGAACUACCUCAUAGCAAAAUAUGUUGUACACGGUAGUUCAAUAUCAUUAGGGAGGUUUGAAUCAAGAAUCUUUAUAUGUAUCUGUCCACUUUGUAG